GUGGUUAAACAUGGCGUAGAUAGUAAACAACAGAGACAGGAUUUAUACCUUGGUUGCUAUGUGGUAUAAAAUGAGCAUUUUUUCAAGAAAAGCAUGAACAGAAGACGAGAAUGAUCGUGUGAGAGAACUGUUCUGACAAGAUAUUCCACAAUGGCUAGCACGUCUGCGAAGGUGCGCGCACAGCGCAAAAUGUCUAUCAACAAUGUCAGUGUGAAAUCCAAAUACAAUGUGCAGCAUCGCUCUGACUUGUUGAUGGAUGAACACGUUAGAAAUGUCAGACAGGUUCAGUAUGAGCUUCAGUCAGCACUGCAGGAACUUGAGUUUGCAAAAGGGAAGGAUGAAGUGGAAAGAAUUCGCUCCGAAGUUGCAGACCUGAAAGCCCAGUCACAAAAGCUGGUUCUUGCUCUUCAGGUAAUGGAAAAGAUCAACACUGAGCUGGCAUUUGCUCGGUGUGAUUUGAACGAUGCCCUUCACAAAGGACUGGGCGACAUCAACGCGGCGAGGAAACGAGUCAUCUGGCUGGAGGACAAAAUGGGAGAGUUGUGUGGGAAGAAACGGCUCAAGACACGACGUCCCAGCCACCGAUUUGUCACAGAUCCUACGUACGGCUGGGACACGGACAGCGAGGGGGAGCAGACGCGAAGAAUGAGGCCACUGGACAGCACCGAGAGGAUGUAUGCCAGCGAUCAAGCUCGGCACCAGUCCCUGACUCAGUUGCUCGGGAGUGAGAUUGGCUUCACGUCAGACAGUGAGAAUAUCAUGUCUCGUCAGGUCGGAUUUCAGGACGUGUCAAGCCAGAGCUACGACUCCCAGGAGAUCUCAGGCCCCCAUUCCAGAACGGGGCACAAAGGAGUGACCAGCUCCCAGGAGGAUGUAUCUUUGUCCGGGCGCGACGGGCUGGUCAGUACCAGGAUCGUUGACCACAGAAGGUCUCUGCACGACUCCAUGGCAUCUUUAACGUCAGGGGGCCAUGCGGAGAUUGCGGAGGAGUCGGGCAGCGAGAAGUUCUCCACGGUCAGGGAGGUCUCGGUGGUGGGUGGCUCCCCCUACAGGCCAGGGUACACCUCGGGGGAGGAGGACGAGAGCCCGAGAGAAGACGGGAGCCAGGAGGAUUACAAUCAGGAUCUACGGAGAUCGUCAGAAGACUAUGAAGAUGAGGAGGAUAUAAUGCGGCAGCAGGAGGAGGAAGAGGAGGAGGAGGAAGAAGAAGACGAAGAGGAGGAGGGGGAGGCUGUCAAUGCUGUUUACUAUAGGGCUGAUGGUGGCGACACCCCAGUCAGUGCUGGGAGUGGCAGAGGCGGGGAGGAGGAAGAGGAUGAGGAACAAGAAGAGGACAGAGAAGAGGAGGAGGAGGAGGAUGAUGAAGUAAAGGAAGCUGAUGAGAAUGAAGGAGACGAGAAAGAGAAAGAAGAGGUUGGGGAGAAAGCUGUGAGCAGAGACAAAGUGAGAGAGGGUGUCAGAAAAGACAGCACCUUUCUGACAGAGGUGACUGACAGAGAAGCGAGCACGGUGACCCAGAUGUUGGAUAAUGAAGAGACUUGCACUUGACAAACUGGCAGGCAGAGUCCACGGUCUGUACGGGAAAGUGUACGACGCUGCCAUGCUCUCCGUGAGACCUGGGAACCAGACGUCAGACGCCAUGCGGCGAGAAGCAAGCGUCUUCCAAAGUCUGGACGGCGGCUUAGCUAAACCUGGAUCUUCAUCUUCCAAGAGCUCUGUACCCCAAACGGCCCCGGCAUCUCUGCGGCAGAAGACAGAAGACAAGAUCUCGCUGCCCGUGGGCUCUGAGGUGAAGAGAGGAGGAACUUUUGUCGCCGGAAGACUCAUUUUCUACCCGAAGCCCAUCCCGCCCCCUCAAGUGUUGCCUAUAACCAGAACGAGUUUGAACAAAGAAUAUCCCCAGUUUGCCAGCUCCUUCUCAAAUCCAGACCCGGACGAGCGGAAACCAGCAGAGAGACUUGUAGAUCAGAGGAACCUUCUGGAAGAAACCAAGCUCGUACUUUACAGGGAAAAAAUCCAACCGUCAACCCCCGGCCCGGCAAGAUUAGAAAGAAAGUUCCGGAAAAUGAUUGAGCGAGACCGGGCGAUCAGUACAAAGUCUUCCAAAUCGAAGAUGUCGAAAGCUUCAGGGAAGAAGUUGAUUACCGGCUUCAAAACUGCUGCUGUCAUGGCCAAGUUCCAAGCAGGUGUGAGCAGUUGGAACCAGAUCAAGCCACAGUCCAGAGGCAAGGAGUAUUUUGGACUCCGAUGGGAGAGAGUCAAGACAAUUGUCCACAUGAACCUGGUGUCAGAGCGAGUGGAAGAAAGAAUACAUGCUGCUAAGCAACUGGGUCUAUUGCGGUGUGGAGACACCAUGGUCUUCUACGCUCUCAAGGAGAGAUUGCACCAGGACUCUGUGGACAGGGUCAAGUACGAAGCUGCAAAGUCGCUCGUUCUGAUCGGUUGCUGGGAGGAUGAAGUGCUGCAGUACAUUCUGAAAUAUCUGGUCCUUGGGAACACGGAAAUCAGAACUGACCUCAUUCAGACUUUGACUGACGGCAAGAAUGCACAAUACGUAGACAAGACAAUCCCGUCUUUCGUUGAGCUGGUCAAGGUCCUCAGUCACUUCUGCCGCAACCCCGACCCCGAUGACAUCAUCGCCUUCAACUCGGCCGUCUGUCUGGGCCGGCUGUGCGUGCGGGACGAGAGCGCUCAGAACCGUCUGGUCAAGGCCAUGGAGGAGUCCAAGGACAAUCACGUCCGGGCCAAGGCCCUCGAGAUCCUGGUGAAGCAGCUGAACUGCAUCGAUCAGAACAUCGUGGAGCACGUCCUGGAGCUGCUGUGUGACUCUCCCGUGUGGAAGUUCAGAGCGCUGGCCUGUCGUCUCCUUAUUGCACUUGGCCCAAAGCAUGCUUGCAUCUCCUCAAACUCUGAUGAAAUCUACAAGCUACUUGAGAAUAAACUGUGGGAUGACCCAAACAUGGAGGUGCGCCUGUCUGCAGCAAAAGCUCUGACUGCUCUGGGCAUGUUUGUGAAGGCUUGCGAGACAGUGGAAAGAAAACUUGAAGAUGCAGAGGAGGACGCAAGAGCACAGGCAGCCAUAUCUGUGGGCACGCUUGGUAUGAAGAGUGAAAAACUGAUCCGUCUACUGUUGGAGAUGUUGGAGCUGGACUCUAGUGACUACGUCAGACUUAUGAUAAUCCGAACCUUUGGGAUGCUGAAGCUGACAGACCGGAGAGUCUUGCGUUGUCUCAAAGAGAGAGAGAAACUGGAGGGGGCUCUAGCCAGGGAGUCCCGGAAAGCCCUCAAGAUUUUGGAGCCAUUAAUGACGUCAAAAUCUGUGCCAAAUCACAAGUACCUCCACUCAAGACGUGUCCUCUCUCCAAUCCUUGCCAGUGCAGUUGGGUAAAAGAAUACAAGCGUAGGCCUGUCCAGUCAUGAAUGAUAACAGAAGAUUUAUCCGUUAUAUUCCAUCCACUGUUUCGUGUAUGAAGACUCCAACAUAUUAUGCCAUUUGGCGAAGGGAUGUAGACAGAAUCUUAUGCUGAUCAGUCAAUAAUAUGUUAUUGCAAUAUUACUAUGUAAUCAUUGAUGGUGUUAAGUUUUAACUAUGUUACUAGUUUUGUUUGAAAAAAUUUCAGUGUGCAAAAAAUCCCCUAAAAAAACCCUUCAAUCUAUAAGUAGUGCAUGCAGACCCAAGAUCUUUAUUGAAAACCCGCAGAUCAACCUCAGCAGGGGUUUUGAAUUUUUUAAAAAGUUGUUCUAUUUCUUUCAGUUACACCGUAAGAGAAUCACUCUGUUGAUUUAUACAUGUACAUCAACUCUUCUGCUUUGCCCCCUCAUCAAUGAAAAAAGUGCUUGCAUUUCAAUGAUUCUAAGAUACUUGAGAAGGUAUCAUAUGAUGUAAGAUACAAGUAUCAUAUGAUGUAAGAUACUGGCUGGUUACAUGACUUUGGGGAUGUUGGUGAAAGGUAGGAUGGGGAAUUCUCUUGGAAACCUCCAAAGUUUGCAGUGCAGUAUGUAUGUAUGUAUGUUUCAUGUAUGUAUGUAUGUAUGUAUGUAUGUAUAUAUGUAUGUAUGUGUGUGUGUGUGUGUGCGUGUGCAUGCGUGUGUGCAUGCGUUCGUGCAUGUGUGUAUGUGUGUAUGAACCCUGUCAGUGAACAGUGGAUGGUAGACCGUGGAAAGCAUUAUUGAUUAUUUCCCAGGCGAAGAGUAAAUAUUCCUUGUCGUGAGUUUGCUGUGGCUAUGUUGUUCCUUUUUCAUGCAGGUUUAAACAUGUUUAUAGCACAGGUUAUUAUGAAAUGCACUGUAUGGUCUCCUUUUUUCAUGUGAUAUUUUGUCAGCAUUAUUUUACAAGCGCCCAAGUAAUUGGAGCUGUUUUAAGUUUUAAGAAAAUGAAAGAAAAAAAGAGAGUGCCCUAAUCAGCAGAGCUCUGUCUUUGGCAUUUGGGGUUUGCUUUUGUUGGGUUGUUUUUUUUCAUAUUAUAAACUGGGGAGGAAAUAAUGAACCAGAACAGAACUAAGGUCAAAGUUCUCAAAGAUGGCCACCUUUUGUCGAGGAGCAAAGUGCCAGUGCUUGGUAAAUGAAACAUUCAAAAGGGAGAAAUGGGAAGUGGACAUUUGUACAGGUGAUUGUCUUACACAGGUGGCCGUUUGAACAGGUGAUU